AGUUUCCAGAAAGGAAGCAAAACCACAGAUUUGUCACCUGCCAGAGAGCUCAGACACUUCAAAUUCUGAAAGCGAAUCCGACAGUGAACCAGAGCAAGUUUCUGGAUACCACAAACUGCUUGCUACAUUAACAAAUGCUUCUGAGGAAGAUGAGGAAGAUGAUGAAGAGGAGGAGGAAGAAGAGGAAGAAGAAGGUGCUGUAGAUGAGACAGACAUGAAUGAUGCAGAUGAUGGGAGUGAUGUCAGUGUGGAAGAAGAAGCAGAGUCUGCUGAGAUACAGGACAAUGUGGCUGUACCUGGUAACCCCGAAGGAAAAGAUGGAGGAGAGCCACCUGGGACAUCACAGAAAUCCCCAGAGGAGUUCACAGAUGCAAAACACGAGUCGCUGUUCAGCCUGGAAACCAAUUUUCUUGAGGAGCCAAGUGGAGACAGCUGUUCUCUGAAAGCAUCACAAG